UAACAAUGGCCCGUUGACGGUCUGUCAAAUGUAUAUUGUUUUGAAAAAUAUCCGACAUGGCUUAAAACCAAUACCUUUUCAAAGUUUAAGAACGGUUAAGCUACAAAAAGAAAAUAUGAACGAAAUAGUGAAUUUAAAUCCGCCUGACUCCGUACGAGGAAUGUUGGAGUUAUCGGAAGAGUGCUUCAAGAAAAACGUGUCGAUACCAGUUUUACAUGUUAAGGAUGUUAAAUUGUCCAACAUAAUUAAGUUGGUGAAACCUGAGUUGUUAAAAGUUGAGAAUUUUAAACCUAUAAAAUCUGAUGAAAGUGGGACUCAAAUAUAUUUAAAUCCUAAUAGAGUAGAUUCGGAAAAUCUUGAAAAUGAACUGAAUAAGUUUGGAUUGGGAAAAAAGGACAUAAUCUUAACAAAUUUUACUUUAAAUUAUGAAAACUUCUCAGCCGAACAAGUUUUUAGAGCGGUUUUGCCUAAAAACAAAGAAGGUAUGGCUAGUUUUACAAAAAUAGGACAUAUUCUGCAUGUAAACCUACGAGAACAUUUACUACCAUUUAAAAAGCUGAUAGGUAAAGUUUUGUUUGAUAAAAUACCAGGUUGUAAAACUGUAGUAAAUAAAACCAACAUGAUUGACAACACAUAUAGAAAUUUCCAAAUGGAAAUACUUGAAGGAGAGGAUGAUAUGAUGGUAACACUGAAAGAAAAUAAGUGUACUUUUCAGUUUGAUUUUUCUGCUGUUUACUGGAACUCCAGAUUAAGUUCUGAACAUGAAUGUAUUGUUAAAAAACUUAAUUCCAACGAUGUUUUAUUUGAUGUGUGUGCUGGGGUGGGGCCAUUUUCUGUACCAUUGGCCAAAAAAAGUUGUAUUGUGCAUGCAAAUGAUUUGAAUCCAGAGUCAUAUAAAUGGAUGAACCAUAAUUUUAAAUUAAAUAAGAUUAAAACCGACUGCUUUAAAACAUACAAUAAAGAUGCCAAAAUGUUUAUUUUGGAAGAAAUUAAGGAAUACUUACCUAAAUAUUUAACAACACACAAGGUUUUUAUAACCAUGAACUUACCAGCAAUGGCGGUUACUUUCCUAAAUAAUUUUGUAGGAUUAUUAAAAAAUUCUGAUUUUGUUAAAGGUUCAUUUAAACCAGUAACAUUAUUUGUGUAUUGUUUUGCUAAAGGUGAAAAUUAUAAUGAAAUUGCAAGGAAUUUGGUGAUAGAAAAUUUGGGAUUUGAUAAAAUAAAAGACCUGCAUAGAGUGAGGACAGUAAGUUCAUUAAAGGAAAUGAUGAGGGUCACUAUAGAGUUGGACGAAGAAGUUCUUGUAGGAAAUGUGGCAACAGGUGUUAAGAGAUCCAAUGAAGAUGAUAUUCUCGAGGACAAUAUUAAAAAAUGCAAUGUUGGAGACACCAAGUUACCAGUACCUAUAAUAUAAGUUAUUAUACCUACAUAGGUUUACAUAAAUAUAAUUGUUACUAAAAU